UCGCUCUACAACCAAACAUACCUUUUACGUAUAAUAACCAUUUUAAUUGCUUGAAAUCGUAUUUUCUGAUUGUGUUGUAUUUGUGGUAAUUAUUUGAAAAAUAAUGUCGUGGAUUUCGUUGGUGCUUAGUUUCCUUGGACUAUGGAGUAACGUGCGCUGUGAUGUCAACAAAUACGAAAAUUACACACUCAUACGUCUGUUCCCCGAGACUACGAGUCAAUUGGAGAACAUCACACGCUUUGAAGAUGUUGAUAAUCAAGUAGAAAUAUUAAAGCAAAGCAGAGGAAUUAAUGACAGCUUAGAUCUUAUAGUCCCGCCAAAUAAGCUCGACUACGUUCAAAGCUAUGCCCAAAACACGAAUUUGACUUAUGAAAUCAAACGAAGAAAUUAUGGAAGAUCUUUUGAGUCACCAGAACGAGUUCCAAGAAGGAGACUACUUCGUGGACUCAACGUUUUCGAAUAUAACUCGCAUGCCGCUAUCCAAGACUAUUUGGACACAGUGGCAAAAAGACACCCGGAUCUCGUUCGUCUCCAAGUCCUGGGUACCAGCUACCAAGGCAGAGUGAUGAGGCUCGUGAAAAUAUCCACCAAUCCAAGUGCCGGAAAUCCUAUUAUAUUUAUUGAUGCUGGUAUUCACGCCAGAGAAUGGGUUGCACCCGCUAUGGCAUUGUACGUCAUUCAUCGACUGAUCAAUGAUCCUGAAGCAAAAAACGACUUGAAUGGUGUUGAUUGGUACAUCCUGCCAGUUGUAAAUCCUGAUGGAUAUGAAUACACAAGAAACAGUAGAAACAAUCGUUUGUGGCGUAAAACAAGAUCGAAACAUGCCAACUGCUAUGGCGUGGACGGUAACCGCAACUACGGCUUCAAAUGGGCGGUCAGUGGAGUCUCCUACAACCCGUGCAACAAGGAAACUUACGCCGGCCCCGAACCCUUCUCAGAGCCUGAAACGCAAAUAGUCAGAAACAUUAUGAUGGAGAACGCUAAACGGAUGAAGCUCUACGUCUCCAUUCACUCUUACGGUCAGUACCUGGUUUACCCCUGGGGUUAUACAGGAGAUUUUUUACCGAAAGAGUGGAAGAAGCUUGACAGCUUAGCCAGAGCCGUCUCAGACGCUAUUCAGCGGGUCGGAGGGCAACCCUUCAAAGUAAUGAGCGCUGGUAAAUGGUACCCGGCUGCAGGAGGAAGCGACGACUUUGCAUUUGGAGCUGUCGGAGUUCCUUACUCCUACACAAUGGAAUUGACCGACGGCUAUGAAUUCGUAUACCCUGAACCGCUGCUGAGAAAGGUUCUGCCUCAAUUUUAUGAAGGUUUCAGAGUAAUGGGAAAUCAAAUCAGGAAAGAGUUUAGUAACAUCAGGAAUAGAAGAUUCGCGGUGUAUCGUUUUUGAAGACUGAAUCUCCAAGUAUGUGGCUCGCGAAAUAAAUAAAACACUGAAUAUAAAA